GGAAUACGGAAACGCUUGUCUGAACUUCCGGUCGCUGUAAAAAAAAAUGGCGGCGCCCGACGAGUUGUUUUGCUGGGAAGGAGACUGGGGUCUACCGUCCGUCAGCACGGAAUGUCUGGUGGUUCUGGCAUAUGCUCAGUUUGCUGGCGCUCCUCUCAAAGUUCACAAAAUGUCCAACCCAUGGAGAAGUCCUGGCGGUUCCAUUCCUACCCUGAGGACCAGUCAGAAGGAGACCCUGUCCAGACCAUCUGACAUCAUCAUCCACCUGAGGAAACAAAAGUACAACGCGGACUACGACCUGUCGGCGAAGGAGGGCGCUGACAGCCUGGCGUUCAUCUCGCUGAUGGAAGAGAAGCUUGUGCCGGCCCUGCUUUACACCCAGUGGGUGGAGCCAAAGAACUAUGUGGAAGUGACUCGGCGCUGGUAUGCCGAGCGCAUGCCAUUCCCGCUCAGCUUGUUCCUGCCGGGCCGCAUGCAGCGCCACCAGCUGGACAAACUGCGCUUGCUGCGAGGAGAGGACAGCCUGGAGGCCAACGAGGAGCUGGAGAAGGAGUUGUUCCGCGAUGCUGCCGACUGCAUGAACCUGCUCUCGCAGAGACUCGGGCCGCACAAGUUCUUCUUUGGAGACUCGCCUUCAUCUCUUGAUGCUUUCGUCUUCGGCUCCUUGGCGCCAAUUCUCAAGUGCAAACUUCCCAACAACAAGUUGCAAGAGCACCUGAAGUCUCUGGACAACCUGAGCAACUUCUGCACCAACAUCCUGCUCAUCUACUUCCCCCAAAACUGCAGUCAGAGGACUUCCUGCCCAGCAGAGACCAAAGACCUGGAGCAGGUCCCAAACAAGCGCAGGAAGCAGUUCCUGUCGUUGCUGGUGGCUCUGGGCGCCAUGUUGUCGUACGCCGUGCUGAGCGGAAUGGUGUCCAUUCAACAGCAGGAGGCGCUGGAAGAGCCUCCGCACCCUCACGGCGACGAGGACGACGAGGACGACGAGGACGACUGAGGUCACCGUCACAGCUUUGUGUUGUCUUUUUGAGGAAGUGGACUCCCAUCUCAGCUCUUGGCCACGCCUCUCAGGCCCCCACCAGUCGUCCUGAGCGUCUGGACGCCAGCUGCACAUGACGCCUUUGCUGAGGAAUGCGUGAGCUUUAACAAGCUGAUCUGGAAGCAGUUUGUGGAGUGUUAGCAGGUCACAAAAUUUAACCCCGCCCCUCCCUCCUGCUGUUAGGGUUGCGUUACCACGACAACGGUGUAGUCCCAAACAAGCCUCUUCACCUUUCUCCAAUUCAUAUUAGAUAUUGAUAUCAUGAAUAAAGUGCUGACAUAUAUCUAUAAAAAUAACACAAAUAAAGACCUGAACUCUAAUGUGUGAUGAUAUAAAAAAUAA